CCUCACUUCCCCUGCACUUCCUUGCCGGAUCUUGUUGCCAUUGUGCCAGUGAAAGCGUUCCUUGUGUGUUCCUAGCCUGUGUUCCAGACCUCUUGCCGUUGCCCCUGACUACGAGCCUUGCUGCCUGCCCUGACCUUCUGCUACGUCCGACCCUGCUCUUGUCUAAUCCCUUGUACCGCGCCUAUCUCAGCAGUCAGAGAGGUUGAGCCGUUGCCGGUGGAUACGACCUGGUUGCUACCGCCGCUGCAAGUCCAUCCCGCUUGGCGGCGGGCUCUGGUGAAAACCAGUAGCAACUUAGAACCGGUCCACCGACACGGUCCACGCCAAUCCCUCUCUGACACAGAGGAUCCACCUCCAGCCUGCCGAAUAUUGACAACUUAUAAGGGAUUACAUACAGGAAUACAUAGGGGAUAAUAGUAUUAUAAGUGAUAACCAGCAUGGGUUUACUAAGGAUAGAAGUUGUAAAACCAAUCUAAUUUGCUUUUAUGAAGAGGUGAGUAGAAGCCUUGACAGAGGAAUGGCUGUGGAUAUAGUGUUUCUGGAUUUUGCUAAAGCAUUUGAUACCUGUCAGACGUCUAUGAGGGACAGUAAGUUAAGGUCUUUGGGCUUGGAAACUUUAGUUUGUAACUGGAUUGAACACUGGCUCAUGGAUUGUACCCAGAGAGUGGUGGUCAAUGAUUCGUACUCUGAUUGGUCCCCGGUAAUUAGUGGUGUACCCCAAGGUUCUGUACUGGUCCCGCUGUUGUUUAAUUUAUUUAUCAAUGAUAUAGAGGAUGGUAUUAACAGCUCUGUUUCUAUCUUUGCAGAUGACACCAAGCUUUGUAGCACAGUACAGUCUAUAGAGGAUGUGUAUAAGUUACAAGAUGACUUGGAUAGACUAAGUAUCUAGGAAUCCACUUGGCAAAUGAGGUUCAAUGUGCAUAAAUGUAAAGUUAUGCAUCUGGGUACUAAUAACAUGCAUGCGUCGUAUGCCUUAGGGGGGAUUAAACUGGCAGAGUCACUGGUAGAGAAGGAUCUGGGUGUAUUUGUGGAUCACAGACUUCAGAAUAGCAUGUAAUGUCAGAAAGAACAAUCCCGGCACUCACUUUAGUCUUCUGCCAAGUGAAAUGUGUUUAUUAAAACACGGUGCAAACACAAUAUGACGCGUUUCGGCCAAAGCCUUUAUCAGACUGACAUACAUGCUCAAGACAUCAUCAUGGUAUAUAUAUAUACAAGGAAGCCCUUCCCACUACCGGUCAUUGGGCGUUGGCAUGGUUACCAAAUUAUUUACAAACAAUACUUGUCAAUUACUAUCACAUAGACAUAAUAAAUUCCUAGUAAUCAAAAUGUAUAUGAACAUAUCUACUGGUCUUAUCUAGCUUGCAUGCCUCUGGUACAUCCCCUUACUGACAGAUCUAAGAUAUAAUGAGAAAAAAACUUUAUUAAAAACAUAGCAAAAUAAAUUUUUCAAUAAAAACCUUUUUACAAGAAAGAAGACAAUUCUAUUUAGACUUAUUUACAUAGUUACAUAGUUAGUAUGGUUGAAAAAAGACAUACGUCCAUCAAGUCCAACCAGGGAAUUGAAGUGAAGGGUGUAAGGGGAUAAGGGAAAGGGAUGUAGUUUUAUAAUUCUGCAUAAGCAUUAAUGUUAUUUUGUUCCAGGAAUGUAUCUAACCCUGUUUUAAAGCUGUUAAUUGUUCCUGCUGUGACCAGUUCCUGAGGCCUCUAGGUUCUAAAGUAGACAAGCGGUGGAUCCAGUACGCCUCCUUUUUCCUCAAUAAAGAUUUAAUAUCACCUCCCCUCCUAGGAUUUUGUACCUGAUCAAUGACCUGAUACCGUAGCUGUGACACAUUAUGACCCAUUUUCUCAAAAUGGGACGGGAUGGGAUACAACAAAUUCCUACAUCUAAUUGAUGAUUUAUGUCUGUUGAUGCGGUCCCCUACACGCUGGGUGGUUUCCCACGACGUAUAGGAGACCACAUGGACAUUUAAUAGUGUAGAUCACGUUCUUUGAGUCACAGGUACUGAAAUGUUUGAGUUUGAUAACCUCUCCAGAGUGUGGAUGUAAUAAGUUAUCACUCUUAAUAACAUUACUACACUGUGCACAUGUAAUAUUCGAACUAAAAAUAUAAUGUUUAUUAACCCGCACGGACAAUGACGUAUACCUUAAAAAAUUCCAAAGUCCAGAACUGCGUAUUUUUGGUCACUCUGUAUACACUAAAAAAAUGUAUAAAAAGCUAUCAAAAAGUCACAUCUAAACAAAAAUAGUACUGAUAAAAACUAGAGAUCACAGCGCAAAAUAUUAGCCCUCAUACAUCCCCGUAUAUGGAAAAAUAAAGUCUUAAAUAUGCAAAUUUUAAUACAAAAAGUAAUAAUUUUUUUAAGGAAGUAAAAAAAAAACUAUAUAAGCUGGGUAUAAUUUUAAUCUUAUGGAUCUACAAAAUAAAGAUAAGGUGUCCUUUUUAUGCAAAAGUGCACUGCCCCCAAAAGGUAUAAAUUGGCCUUUUUUUUGUUUGUUUGUUUUUUCAAUUUUGCCCCACAAAUUUAUUUUUCUUGGUUCACUGUAGAUUUUUUGGUGAAAUGAUUGAUGUCAUUACAAAGUAAAAUUGGUAGCGCAUAAAACAAGCCCUCAUAUAGGUCUGUAGGUGGAAAACUGAAAGAGCUAUGAUUUUUAGAAGGUGAGGAGGAAAAAACGAAAGUGCAAAAGAAAAAAACUUAAAGGACAAGUCUCACAGUAAAAAAUUGUUCAGCUUUUAGUGCAGAAGGUAAAGUUAUAUAUGUUUGUAAAUCACUUCCAUUACCAAUGCUGCUUAGAAACAAGCUUUAUCUGCAUUCUUCUGUCUGACAGGAAAUGCAGCUGUUCCAGUUUUUCAUGACUUUCGACCCCCUAUUCAGGCUGUUAUCAGCAGCAUCCAGGGGCCGUGACGUGACAAUUACCCAGAAAACCCCUGUGCUGCAGAGAGCUCCUGUGCUUGGCCUUAGCCCCUCCCAUCUGAUGAAUAUUUACUGUCCUCCCUCUGUUCUGCAGUGAUUGGCUGAGCAGCACUGCCUAUACGCCGGCUGAUUCAGAUCAUAGCAGAGUCAGCAAACAGGCUGAUUCUCUCCCCUCUCCUUGCUAAUGUUUUUACACUGAGAACGGAGGAGAGGGGGGAGGGGAGGGAGCUGUCACACUGAGCACUGGAGAGAGAGGAGUGCAGGGCAGAGAAGGGGGGAGGUGAUUGUGCCACUGUAAAGCUAUUUCACUGAGAGGAGGAGGGGGAGGGAGUGAUUUUACAGUGUAAAACUGCAGCUUCCACUCCAGGGUCCCUCUCUCUGAGCACUGAGAUAACAUUUUGUUUCCUCGCGGCCACCCUGCUGUAUAAGGCUAUGAUUGGAGCUCAGUGUUAUGUGGGAGUGACUAACAUAAGUUAGGGGUGGUAACAAGCUCUCUGCUCAGGCAGCUGAGAGCAGGAAAUGUGAGCAGUGCAUGCAGGGAAAUGUAGUCUUUGAGAUCACAGGCAUAGCCACCAUAACCAGGAAGUAACUGAAAUUUAUGAGCUGAAUAGCUGGUGAAUGGGGGCCGGAAAAAAAAUCACAAACAUGUCAGAGAGGUGGUAGGUGAAUAUACUAUGGAAUGGCUAGGUGUUUUUUUUUUCUUUGCUGCAUGGGAUAUCUUCUUUAAGGGGUUAACAUUAUGUAAUGUUUGCAUCCACAUUUUAAAGGGAUAAUUUGAUUUAUUCCUAAUCCGCAGGGUGUUAUAUUCCAGGGGUUCCCAGUAGUCAUACCCCAAACCCACCCACCGUUAUGACACUUACUUGGGCGAUAAGUACUUAAGUCAGAAUACCCCUUUAAGUUUAUAUUCACAUGUGGCAGUAGUUCCUGCAUUUAAAGUUAUAUGCAUCUGAGUGAUGUUGUUUUCACAGCAUACUCUUUAACCCCUUGGGGACAAAGCCCAUUUUGACCUUAAGGACGAGAGCAUUUUUUGAAAAUCUGACCUCUGUCACUUAAAGUACAUCUGCAGUGCUGGGCAAAAAAACUUUUUUUUUACCUCAUUUAAUAGGUCUUUGAAAGACCUUUCCAACGAUGUCUCCCCCAUCAAAAUUGGCCCAGCCGUUCUCCCGCUAUCAGCACAUGAAUUACUGAGGACAAGUGAAAGAAAAACUACAUCUCCCAUCAUGCCUUGUGCUUACUUCCUGUAAGCUGCUGCCCUCCCCCUGUUCUAUCCCCCCGAGCAUAUUAUUAUAUUGUAACGCCCACAUCUCCCUUCCCUAUGCAUACACCCUCCCCUUCUGCUCAUCUCCCCCUCCCCAUGCUGGCUCCUGUCCAGUGAUGAAGCAGCUGCCUCCGUGCUCACUGUAGUGUGGACACUGGAGAGUGGAGAGUGAAAGGAAAAAUGAUACACUGGGAAUUCACCUGUUACAGAAUAAGGAGUGACUAAUAGAUGCAGCAAACUCAAUAAAGAUAGAGCAGGACACACACAAAGUAAUACUCCCUGUUCAGCAGAAGAGGAACCAACACAAGGAAGACAACAUGGGAAACUGGAUUGCUAAUCACUGGUUCUCUGCAGUUGUUCUGAUUGCCUGGCUUGGAAUAAACAUUUUCCUAUUUAUUUAUUACUUUAUGAUAUAUGAAACACAGGAGCAAUAUGCAUAUACCAGAGUUAUUUUGGGAUCUGCUCUUGCUUGGGCCCGAGGAUCUGCGGCUUGUCUUAAUUUUAAUUGCUUGAUUAUUCUGUUACCCGUCUGUCGAAACCUACUGUCCUUUUUACGUGGAACAUGUUCAUGUUGUCGACGCUCAGUGAGGAAAUUGCUUGAUAAUAAUCUGGCCUUUCAUAAGAUUCUGGGUUAUACAAUUGCCUUAAUGACAGCUGUCCACACAAUUGCACACUUAUUUAAUGUUGAAAGAUUUUAUGAUGGUGCACAGUCCUCAAAUAAAACUCUUGAAGGAAUGUUAUCAAGCAUUGGUAGCGAGAAAGAAGAUUGGGUAAACCCAAUAAGAUCCAAGAAUGAGACACAGUCUUAUAUUUGUUUCACUACCAUUGCUGGUGUAACAGGCGUGGUGAUCACACUGGCACUCAUACUUAUGAUCACCUCAUCAACGGAGUUUAUCCGCAGGUGCUAUUUUGAGGUUUUUUGGUACACUCACCACCUGUUUAUUAUCUUCUUUGCGGGCCUCCUGAUUCAUGGAGUGGGUCGUAUUGUCAGAGGCCAGACCACUGCUAGCCUUAGCAGUAACAGUUAUGAUGCUUGCCAUGAAAAAUACACUGUUUGGAAGGAAAAAGGAAGUAGAGAUGGUGGUGAAGAUGAUGAGGAUGAUGAUGAUGAUCACAAGAAUCAAUGUUUCAUGCCCAGCUUUCAAGGAAAUGAUCCUAUGACAUGGAAGUGGAUCAUAGCUCCUAUUAUAAUAUACAUACUUGAAAGGUUUCUGAGGUUCUGUCGCUCACAGCAGAGAGUUGUUAUUAUAAAGACUGUCAGCCAUCCAUCAAAGGUCCUUGAAAUUCAAAUGCAAAAAAGAGGAUUCAGGAUGGAAGUUGGUCAAUACAUCUUUAUCAACUGUCCUUCAGUCUCUCGGUUGGAGUGGCACCCUUUUACUCUCACAUCUGCCCCAGAAGAAGACAUGUUUUCUGUGCACAUUCGAUCAGCAGGGGACUGGACUGAAAGCCUCAUUAAGAUUUUUCAUGAAAUGGCGGAUAACCCACCACGUCUUGAGGUAGAUGGUCCAUUCGGGACAGCAAGUGAGGAUGUUUUUAAGUAUGAAGUCAGCAUGCUGGUUGGUGCUGGUAUCGGUGUAACACCAUUUGCCUCAAUUUUAAAAUCCAUCUGGUAUAAGUUACAAAAUGAAGAUCACCGCUUGAAAACAAAAAAGAUUUAUUUCUAUUGGAUCUGUCGGGAGACUGGAGCUUUUGCUUGGUUUGCUGAUUUGCUGCGUUCUCUGGAACAGGAGAUGAUCACCUCAGGAAAAGAUGGAUUUCUCAAUUAUCGACUCUUUUUGACCAGCUGGGAUAGCAGCAUAGCUGGCCAUGCUAUUAUUAACUUUGAUGUGGCAACUGAUGCAGUUACAGGAUUAAAGCAGAAAACCAGUUAUGGGCGACCCAUCUGGGAGAACGAGUUUUCAAGUGUGGCAGAUGCACAUCCCAGGUCUACUGUAGGUGUUUUUCUUUGUGGGCCUCAAGCACUUGGAAAGACCUUGCAACAAUGCUGCCAUCAAUACUCUAGCAUGGACCCCAGGAAAGUGCAGUUUUACUUUAAUAAGGAGAAUUUCUGAGCUGCAGCAUUAUGGACUUCAACUGUGUUCUUAUCAAAGAAGCUAUUUAAUAUUUUCCUUCAGUUUACAAGCUGUAAAUUAGUUUACAGAAUGAGUUUAUAUCCAUGUAAUGGUUUAAUGUGUGACCAUUAUCACAAAGGAGAUGAUGGAAGUGCUUCCUGUUACUACAACAGUGACACUAAUGAUAGAUUCUACAGAUGAAUAUUGUUUCUUAUAGAAGCAUAAAUGUAUAUAAAUAUUUCUACAAUAGCAGGAACCAUAAAAGACUGAUUCUGUUGAAGUGUGUAACUUUAAUAUGUCUCAAAUCUAAUAAAACUCUUUCUAGUGUUCAUCUGUGUUGUAGCUGCGCUGUGGCCGCUAUGUGUGUCUUCUAAAGGCAGUGCACCUGUGUGUCCUUCAGAUGACCUUGGACAGAUUUUUAUCUUCUAGGAAUAAGAAAUUAAACUUUCUAUUGAAUGACUAAAAGCAGAGAUUUUGAAAAUCAUGAGGCAUUGAUAAAGACUGCAUAGUAUUGCAUUACUAUUUACUGAAUUUGGAAUACCCCUUUAUAUGUUACAUAAAGGAACUCAGACACCAGAGCAUAGUGUUGAACUGCUGUCAUACAUAUGCGAAAGGCGUAAUUUCAUACCUAUCUCUCCAUACCCAUUUCUAAACAUUUGUCCGUUUUGGUUCUGUCAGCCCAGGUCAC